UGAAUUCAUGUGCUGUGUUGUUGUUCUGAUUUCUUUUGGUAGAGCUGUUCUCCUGUAGACUUGUUCUGUUCUUCCAUUAUCGUCGUCCCUUUCCAGUAACACAAAUUCUCUGACCUGGUCCGGCUUCGCUUCAUUCGGCCCGCCCAUUUUCCCAUCAUGCCCUUCCCAGAGACUCUCAACGCGAAGCCCCGCGUAAUCUUCUUCACCGACUUCGAUGGGACCAUCACCCUCCAGGACACCAAUGACUUUAUCACGGACAACUAUGGCAUGGGCUACGCCGAACGACGCCAGCUGUUUCACGCUGUCAUCGACCAGACUGAUACCUUCCGCAAUACAUUCCAAAAAAUGCUCGAUUCGUGGAAGAUGCCAUUUCCCCAAGUCCUUGACAUCCUGCGCGAGAACAUCUCUCUCGACCCAUAUUUCAAGGACUUCAUGGUCUGGGCUCGGUCCCAUCACGUCCCUGUGAUCGUGCUCAGCUCGGGUAUGAUUCCUGUGAUCGAGACUCUCCUGAAGCACUUGCUGGGUGAGGAGCUGAUGCAGGACAUCGAGAUUGUUGCCAACGAGACACAACUUCGCGCUCCUGGCAACUCGCUCGACAAAGCGGAUGGCUGGACCAUCAAGUUCCACGACGACUCGGGCUUUGGGCACGACAAGUCCUUGACAAUUCGGCCAUAUGCAGAUGCAAUCGCCAAGAUGCCUCAUAGCGAGAGACCAACGCUCCUUUAUGCUGGUGACGGGGUAAGCGAUCUCAGCGCUGCACGAGAGACGGAUUUGCUAUUCGCACGAGCGGGCCAGGACUUGAUCACUUACUGUGAGCGCGAAGGCAUUCCUUUCACCGAGUUCGACAGCUGGGAGACGAUUCUUCAGGAGACGCAGGAUAUUUAUGACGGCAACACCAGUGUGAAGAAAAUUGCCGAGGAAGGCCUAAAGAGGCACAGGACAAAUUCGAUCGAGCAGGGCGAGCAUAUGCGGCCGACGACUCACUAGUUGCUGGACGGUCAAGUGUUCAAUGGUGGCGAUCGUAUUUUCGGGCAGUCAAAGCAUCAGUCGGCGUUCUCAAAAUAUGAGAUGCAGGGAACGAUCCUAUAGACAGCGACAUGGAUAGAAAGGCACGAACGCAAGAGGGUGCUGACAUAGACAUAUAGAUACAUAGACCUACUGCAGCCAAAGGGUAUGGCGUGUAUCCUGUGGCUGCGGACCACUAUAUUCGGGGCUUCCGGGCGCCUUGGGCCACAAGGACGACUUCGAGGUCCAGAAUCUGAUCUGUUCUGCCAGUGA